AUGCCACACGUUGACAGAAUACUCCCGGGAAAGGACACGUUGCGGCUUCUGUUGACGACAGACAAUCAUGUCGGAUACAAUGAGUUGGAUCCGAUUGUUGGGGAUGACAGUUGGAAGACCUUUGAAGAGAUAAUGCUGCUAGCCAAAGACAGGGAUGUUGACAUGGUGCUUCAAUCGGGAGAUCUGUUUCACGUUAACAAACCGACAAAGAAAUCAAUGUACCAUGUGAUGAGGAUCCUGAGGUCCAAUUGUUACGGAGAGAAACCCAUAGAGUUUGAGCUACUCUCAGAUCCUUCUCUCUGUCUAGAUAACAGGGGUUUCAACUACCCUAACUAUGAAGACCCCAAUAUAAAUGUUUCUGUUCCGUUUUUUGCCAUUUCGGGCAAUCAUGACGAUGCUACAGGUGACGACAACUUGUCUCCCUUGGACGUUCUAAGCGUGAGUGGGUUGAUGAACUAUUUUGGAAGAGUGGUGGACAAUGACAAUAUUAAUGUAAAGCCCUUGUUGUUUCAAAAAGGCAGAACCAAACUGGCUCUUUAUGGGAUGUCCAAUAUCAGGGAUGAAAGAAUGUUCAAGACAUUUAGAGAUGGAAGGGUUACAUUCUCUACCCCAGGUAUUCAGACUGAUUCAUGGUUCAAUCUAAUGUGUGUGCAUCAGAACCAUGUCCAGCAUGGUGCUAGAACUGCAUAUUUGCCAGAGAACUUUUUGCCUACUUUCUUGGACCUUGUUGUGUGGGGUCACGAACAUGAUUGCAUACCUUACCCUGUCCCCAACCCUGAGACUGGAUUCGACACGCUACAACCGGGCUCCUCAGUGGCUACGUCUUUGUCCAAUGGGGAGACGCUGGAGAAAAAUGUGUUCAUUCUAAAUAUAAAAGGAAAAGACUAUUCUUUGGAGAAGAUUCCUCUGAAGACAGUUAGACCGUUUGUUAUGAAAGAUAUCAGUCUAACUCAACUGGGACUAAACCCAAAUUCCAGGAAUAAAAAGGAAGUUCUUGAUUUUAUGAUUGACGAGAUUAAUGGGCUUAUUGAAGAAGCUCAGAAGUCAUGGUUGGAUAAACAAGCUGAAAACUCUUCAAGCGUAGAUGAUAGCGAGGUAGAUACCCCAUUACCUUUAGUUCGUCUAAGGGUGGAAUAUUCAGGCGGCUUUGAAGUGGAAAACCCCAGAAGGUUUUCGAAUCGGUUUGUUGGUAAAGUUGCCAAUGUCAACGACAUAGUCAUUUUCCAUAGGAAGAAGGAGCAUACAACGGGGGCAACCCGAACUAAACCUAAUUUGAAGAACGGCGAGGAACAUUUAGAGUUAGAUGAGUUGAAUAUUUCUAAACUUGUUGACACGUUUGUGGAUGAUAAUCAGUUGAAUCUACUAAAUAAGAAGGACGUGGGAUCUGUUGUCAAAGCCUUCGUUGAGAAAGAUGACAAGGCGGCCUUGAAAACAUUCAUAGAUGAAGAAUUAUCCAAAGACCUCAAACUGUUGAUGGGUUUAAGCCAUGGAGAACACAUAGAAGAUGAGUCAAUUUCCCAAAAGAAAUCCUUCAAUAAGAUAUUGAAGGAUAUCAAAAAGGAAAAGUCUCAGGCAUUGAUGAGCAAAAUUUGUACGGACUCCAUUAAACACAUCCCGGAAAGUUUGCCAGAAAGACCAGCAUUCUUAAGAUCAAUUACUGGACCGGACAGAGACUCAGAGGAUGCGCAGCCUAAACUUACAAACCGCAAAAUAUCGCCAUCUGUCACAAAGAAACGCGUUUCCAAGCCUAGCAUUCAAUCGAUAGUUUCUUCAGAGUCAGAGAUCCUGUCCGAAGAAUUAGAUGAUUUCAUAGAUGAUGAUAUUGAUGAGGACAUGGAUAUCAAUUCGAAUUCCGAGUCAGAUAUUGACGAUUUCAUUGAUGUUCCUCCGCCAAAGAAAACUAGACAAACCAGAGCAAAAGCUAAGACUGCGCCCAUAGCUAAACCAAGGGCCACGCCCAAACCAAAAACAAAACCAAAACCAAAACCAAAACCGAAACCAAAAACUGCCAAGCCCAAAGAAACGGGAGAGACUCUGGGAUCUUUGAUUGGCAACCUAAGUAGACGUUGA